UCCACAUAUUACAUAUACCUAUGUACAUAUGUACAUGCAUACAUAUAUGUAUAUAUGGGUAAAUUUAAAAAAACAAUCUUCGGCGUAUCGCUGCAACCAUUUCGGCGCCUAAUGAUGCUAUUGGGAAUUGUACCUUAUUUGUACGGUCCUAUUGGGAAACAAGAUGCGUUUUGUAUAAAAUAUACACAACUUGUUAUACAUUUUAUUGCUGUAGCUGCUCUUAGUGCCUACCUUGUGUAUGAACAUUUGAAACGCAUCAAGGAAACCAUUUACAAUCUUGAUGACAUUUUUUCAUCGAUAAUGGAUGGCCUUGGCUUUACCACAUUAAUAAUAGCUCAAUUAAUCAUACAUUUGGAGAGCUCUUGCAAGCUUCAUGCCUAUCUGAAAAUCUUCAAUAAAUUUGAACAAAUGCGAACAUGGUUAAUGCAAAAAUUUGCAAUACAAUUCGAAAUAACCAAACUUAAAUUCUAUGCUACUCUAUUGCAAAUCCAUUUUACCGUCUAUUGUGGAUUGUUAUUUUUCUUUAUGACUUGGUUGAUUUUUGAGCCAGUGCCCACGAUGCGUUUACUUCUUUGCUUAUACGCAGAAAUUGUGUUGAAAGUUAAAUUGUUUGAAUACAUGCUUUUUGUCAUUGUAUUCUUGGUGAUGCUUUCCGAGCUGUGCAGAGCAGCAAAUCGUCAAUGCCAGCUGGUAGAGUCGACUCGGUUCGAUAGUAGUGUUCAACGCCAAGAAUGCUUGAUGGGCUUUAUAGCACUACAAGACCUACAUGCUCUGCUUUGGGAAAAUGUUCAACUGCUAACGGCCUACUUUGAGUGGAGUUUGCCAAGCUUAUUUACGAAGCAACUUAUUGAUCUGACACUUUUAGCAUAUUGGGCCUUUUUGAACAUCGAAAUUGGAAAGUCGGAGGUAAUUAAAUAUUAUUUAAUCGCCUUUUGGAUAAUGCAAAUAUUUACCUUGAUGGUGGCAUGUUUUAUUUGCUCUACAUGUGAACGAUCGGAAAGGAAAUUUCGCUCUAGUUUCAGAACUAUUUUUAAAGACCGCCAAAACCCACUCCUUAUGAAAUGUGUACAUAGCAUUUCAAUGCAGCUAUGGCAGGAGCCAAUAACAUUUGUGGCUGGACAUUUUCUUACCAUCAAUAUUCGGACAUUGGGAAAAUAUUUCUUCACGGUUGCUAUGUAUAUAGUAAUAUUGAUACAAUUUCGCUUGUCCGUUUAAAAAUUGAACUGUUACAGAGAAAAAUACAUAGUUUAAUUUAUCAAAGAUUUUUGUAAAGUGUGUACUGCUUCAUAUCAGCUAUUGUGGUGAAAAUUUUAAUUAUGGGUUAUUCCAUGUAAAAAGGAAAACGACAGAAAUUUUGAAGUAUCUAAAUUAUGCCUGUGUUAGUAGUAACUACAUUUCAUUAAUCUGUUGAAAAAUAUUUAAAAAA